AGAAAUUACAACUCAACGUUACACUGAGAUGACAAAAAUGUUGUCUCUUAUGAGAUCAGUGUCGUGCACAGGGAGCAAAAAUCUUGUUUUACUUAGCUUUUUAAGAACACUGUCAACUACAGCAGUGAUAAAUGGGAGUUCAGGUGGUGAAGGAUGGUGGAACAAGUUAUUACAUGUGCGGAAGAUUGAGCCAGGAAAAGAUUCGCAUUCGAAAUUACUCUCUGACACAGAAAGAGUCUAUGAACUUCAAAUUCAUGAUGUAAAGCCAGACUGCAUCGAACCAUACUUAAAAGAAUAUGAAGCUUUAACCCAGACUUUACAGAAAAAGUCCGAACAGACAGAAUUAGUGGGAAGCUGGCGAGUGGAAAUUGGAAAUCAAGAUCAAUUUAUCCAUAUAUGGAGAUAUAACAAAGGCUAUGUAAAUGCAAAUGAAGUAUUGUCAUUGUUCCGUGAAGAUCAAGAGCUUCUUUCCUUGUCGAAGAGUCUAGUCAAGAACAUUAUAUCUCGAACGAAUCAGUAUAUGCUGCCAUUCAGUUACUGGGGUGAUCCUGAGCCUCAGAAUCGUAAUAGCAUGUAUGAAAUUAGGUCAUAUGUUUUAAAACCUGGUACUAUGAUAGAAUGGGGUAAUAAUUGGGCCAGAGGAAUAAGUUAUAGGAAAAGUAGUGCAGUUGCUGGAUUUUUUUCUCAAAUUGGCCAACUUUAUAUGGUUCAUCAUAUUUGGAGUUAUAAAGAUCUGUUGAGUAGGAAAGAAAUUCGAGAAGCAGCUUGGAGGAAACCUGGCUGGGAUGAAUGCGUUGCUUACACUGUUCCAUUAAUUAGAGAAAUGAGAAGUCGAUGGUUACGUCCAACAUCAUUUUCACCUAUUAAAUGAAGUGACAGUUUUGUAGAAGACCUUCUCAUUUUUUAAAUGCAUCCAGUGUGCAGUAAAAUUGUUGCAGCAUUUAGUAUAAAGAGCACAACAACAUGAGAGGGCAAUAAUUGUCAUAAUGUGGUAAUUUUUCUGUUCUUAAACCUAACAGCAAAAUUUGUUGGCAUUAUUCCUUUGGCAAAAACAUUAGAUAUUUACAAGUUAUUAAAAAAUAGAGUUUUCAUUAUUUUCCAUGAUAACUUUUAUUGUGGUUUAGUUGUUGUAACUGCACCUGAUUGUAAUUCUCUAAUUAUUUGUUAAAUAGUGCUCUUCAAAAACAGGAAAUAACACAUUUGCUUUUUAAAAAGCAUUAGAUAAUUUCAUCAUAGACACUUUUUGAAAUGUUGUAGAUAUGAUGUUGAUGAUUUAUGUUUCUUGUGAAGCUAUGAUGAAUAAAAAUUUGUUGACUUUUAUACAGUAAAUUAACAAUGUAGCAAAUUUAUUCAACUAUGCUCAGAUUUGAUUAAAAUUAAAUACUUUUAAGAAAAGUAUUAAUUAUUACUGCAAAUUGCAAAAUAAUUAACUGUAUAUGUCAGAUUAUUAAAUAUUUUAACACUUAUUUAAGUUUUUUAAUUUGCCAGUCUAAAAUCUUUUUGCAAAGUAAUUAUAUAUCAGUAAACACAAUGCAAGUAUGUAUAGGGGUACAAUAAUUGUAAAUUACGUAUAAGUUUCAAUAUAUUAUUUUGAAACUACAAGUAUCAGAUUUAUAUAUAAUAAAAGAAUACACUUUUGAAAAAGUAUACAUUCCAUAAUGUAUGCAAAAAUAUCAGUCACCUGCCUAAUUAUGAAUACUUUAUUAAAAAACUGAAAAAUAUUUUGAGGAAUAUAUACCUUUUAGAAGCUAUAUAUAUAAAGGUUUUAUGCUUAAUUUAAAAAAUAACCAUUUUAUUAAAUGAGCACUGAAACAAAUUGAUUCAAGUGAAAAAACAAGUAAUAAAUGCUGUGAAUUUGUUAUACUGUUUGUUUAUUGUAAAAUAAUUCAACAAAAAAUUCUUAUAAAAGAAAAAGGUCUCGAAUUUUUUCUAGAGUGUAAGAAUAAGCUGCAUAAUGUAACUAUGAUUUGGUGCUGAAGAGAUGUAAUUUUAUAAGGACAAUGAGAGAACUUUUAAUAGGACUCUUACGAAUUAAAUAGUACAAAUAAGUUUGCCUUUUAAUGAUCUUAUACCUUGUACAAAUGUAACUCCUGUUUUUUUUUUCAGCAGAAUGUUUAACAUUUCUAUUAUUUUAAUUGUAAAUUCUGCUGUAUUAUAUGCAUUUUGUAUAAUUUUAUGAACUAUUAAUACAUGAUUAUUCAGAUUGAACUUUGACAGGAGGAAAAAAGUGUUUCUUAUUUGUUAUUUUUUAAAAGUAUUUUGUAGAAAUUCUGUUUCUUACAUUAAAAAAUUGUUCAUAUUUUAAAAAGUUAUAUGAUUAAAUUUUGCAUGCUGUUUAAUAAAUAUGUAUGUAUAUGCUAAUUUUAAUGUAUGUAAGUAUAUUAUUUUGAAAUAUAUGAAAGGUUAAUUUUAAUACUGCUGUAUGAAAUUUUCUUGACUUCCCUUAACUAAGCCACAAACUUUGUAAUUUUAUGUAUUAAAAACAUGAUUUUUGUAACAGAAUAUUUUUGAAAGAAAUAUAUAUGUAAACAUAAAAUUAUAAAAUGAAAUUUUCUGAAGAUGAAUGUCUUUCAGCAUGUUGUUUUUAUAGUGAGCAUAGUAAUGAUGCCUCUGUGUUGUACAGGAAAAAAAAAAAAAAAAAAUGUAUGAUUGAAUAAAAUGAAUGAUUAUUAUCUUU